AUGACUCGAACCAUCCUUCAAUCGCAUCCCAUACAUUCAGACUCAUCUCCCGAAACAGACACCUAUACAAUCGACAUAAUCAACUUGAAUAAUCUGCUGACACGCCUAGAGCAAAAUAUCUUUCUAUCUUCAUCAGCAGAGCACAGACUUUUACAACAAUCGCAUUUUCAAUGCGCACGGAUAGGUGCUAAUAUUGACUAUGCGCAAACCCUCAUAAAGAAAAUCGAGCGUUCGUUACCCUCGGUAAAAGCGCCUGCGAUACGGCACGAGCGAACGACAGAUCUUGCGAAGAAGAGGGGACGAUAUGAAAAGAUAAAGGAGAGAUUUGACUGGAUCAAGGAGGACGUUGAGAGGAGGGUUGAUCGGGAAGAAGGAGAUGUGUAUCAGGAGGAGGAUAAUGAUGAUGAUAUAUGGGAGGGCCUGAGACCGGUUGAGAAGGGGGCGGCUACAGGCACGGAGACUGAGCUUGAACCGGAAGUAUCAAACAAUAUCAUAUCCUCAGAAGAGACAACGAUAUUACGACAGCGGCGACACGAUAAGACCCUUUCCCCUACAACAACUCCAUCAACGACCGCCGCCAUAGCCAGCGGAACAUCGACAUCACCACUCCCCAAGCUAACCCCUACAACAACUGACCACAACAAAGAAACAACCCUCUCCACCCACCGCGCCGAACAAGAAUCCCUAACAACCAGCCUCCUAACCCUCGCCAGCCAACUCAAGGCCUCAUCCGAAUCAUUCCAAACCUCCCUCGAAAACGAAAAGGGAAUCCUCAACAGAGCCGUAGAGGGUCUAGAUAGGAAUAUGACGGGCAUGGAAGCCGCGGGGAAAAGAAUGGGGGUAUUGAGACGGAUGAGUGAGGGGAGAGGGUGGUGGGGGAGGAUAAUGAUGUAUGCUUGGAUAUUUGGGUUGUGGAUUGUGGCGUUGGGGAUUGUUUAUUUGGGGCCUAAGUUGAGGUUUUGA